AUGCUCAAGAGCAAGACGCGCCCGUCUGACAUCACCGGAGCCGACAUCAACGCCGUCUUCGCCAAGACUCAAGCAACGCGGGAGACACGAACCCAGACACUCGUCAAGGCAUCCCACGAGGAGCAGCGCUUCGCAGCCAUGGAGACCCCUCUCCUGGAGCUCGUCGGCAGGUACCUGUUGCCCCAUUUGCCGAUCGAUGACAAGUGGGAUCCGUGGUCCAACAACAUCGAGGGCGGUCACAAGCUCGAUAUCUUUGAUGUUCCGAAGCGCCCUCGUGCUGUUCCAUUCCAUGACGAGCUGGCCAGCACCCCCCUGACACCAUCUUACUUCCCAAAGAUCUCAGUCGCCAUCUCAUUGUGUGGUCUUCUCUACGUUGCGCAACAAGCGCUUGUCCCAGAUGCAAUUUCUCAGACCGGUUCAUUCUUAGGCGAAAUCGCGAAGGACAAUUACACUGGAUUCCCAUCGAUUGACAAUCUUCUUUCCGUCCUGGUAUGGGCAUUUUCGGAGCAAGUCGCUGGUGCCGAACCCAACAAGAGAAUCCAGUGCCUCUACUUUUUGAUCAACUUGAUCCCCAUUAUCUACAUCUGGACGGUCGAAGGCUACCGGAACGGCAACAUCAACUCGUUGGUAUCCAUACCCUCCCUCUUCGCCAUCUACCAGCUCAUUGGAAUCGGAAAGAUCGCGCCCUUGUACUUCCUCCUUAGCGUUUACACAACUAGGAGAAGCGUCUACGCGCGCACAACCGGUCGUCCCGUUCCUUCUCGUGCCGCCAAGGUCAUUCUGCCGGCUCUUUGCCUCGGAUACGUCGUCCCAACGGUUCUCAUGUUCACGCCCCACGAGGACAGUAUCACUCAGCAGAACGUCAUCGCUUUCUGGCAACCUUCUCCUAUCUAUGUCUCCCUGCUCGCCUGGGUUGGCUCAAAGACCAUGACUGCCCUGAGGCCGACCAAGCCCUUCAAUUUGGAAAUCUUUGAGAACUCGGACCUGUCUUAUCUCCAGUCCGGCUACGCCUUCUGCUUCUUUGCCACCGCUAUCACUCAUAUCUCCACAUUUUUGUAUGCCGGUCUCAGCCCCUCCGUGUCCAUCUCGCAAUCCUUCUUCGACCUUCCCGGGUUUGAGUCGAUUGACAUCACUGCGUUUUGGAAGUACGACAUGGUGCUUUGCUUCAGCUCGGUGGCGGUCUGGCUUCUGUACAGUGUGUUCGAGUUGAGAAGAUUCGGAUACAUCACAACCUCCACGGCAUUCAAGGCCGUGGGGUUGACUCUUACUUCAGUGGUGCUUGUGGGACCGGGUGCGACAUAUGCGGGAGUCUGGGCCUGGAGAGAGUCUGUCAUUGCGAGCUAUGGCAAGGCGACGAUCAAGUCGAAGAAAGAGUGA